AUGUCUAGCCCGACACCCACUUUCUUUUCUCCCCAGCUGGUUCCUCGGAUUACUCCGCCCCCGCAAUUCGUUAUACCAGACGAGCUGGUGGUCGAAAUAGCGACUACAAUUGUUAUUCCUGACCCUCAUCGCUUCUACCAUGGUCGCCCUUCCUCCGAGUCCUUUUACUCGGCCUUACCGGACGGUACUCUUGCAACUACGGCCUUUCUGCAAGACCUUCGCUUCUCAUAUACCAACCUACUCGUAAUGGCUAUGAUUGCGACUCUGUUUAUCCGGAACAUCAUCGUCUGUGUUGAUUAUUUGCGACGCGCCAACUUGAAGCGGAGGACGUUGUUGUAUUUGCUUCUUUCGAGCCAGAUUCUCUCUCUCGGUCUUGCGCCGGUUAUUGCUUCAUUUUUCUAUUCGAGUCUCAAGUGUACUGCCGUUCUUUUUACAGCUGGUGCUGCAACCGGGUUAGCAUCUAUUACUCUGAUGUCGGGGGUUUUAGGCAUGAAGGCCUACCGCUGCUUGGACAAUUCCCGUGUCGUUCUGCUUGUAUUGGUCGCUUUUUUUGGCGCCUCGUCGACUCUUCUCAUAUUCCACCUGGCAAACAUUCAAGGAAUGCGUAGGCUCUCAGGGGGAUGCACUGCGACCGACCGAAACCCCCAGUUCAUCCGAUCCUACGUUAUCGUCCAACUCGCCCACUCCUUCUUCUUGUCUUGUUGUUUCUUCUUUGCUGUUUGGAAAUCGCGAGCGUCCCCCGCAGCCCGUGGGCGUCUCUCUCUGCGGGUAACCCUGGAUGAUUUUCCGAGUGUUAAAUUCGACAAGCCUAGUCGUCGAUUCUGGCUCUUUGGUCGCGGAAGUACGCGCAACUUCUCAGCCUUGGACGUGGCUUCGCCGACGGCGGAUGCAAUGAGCAACAAGGAACAAGCGGCAAAUCCUCGCAAAUCAGGUUUCUCUCGUCAUGAUAUUUCCGAUCCCAUUAUGGAGCAGCCACUGGUUGACUCCGGCAGGAGCACUGUGUCGCGGGGUACUUCGAUAUUUCGGUUCAUACCAACCAUGGGACUCUUCCAUCAGGUUAUGAAGGAUGAGCUGCUGUACACAACAGCAAUAACAGUCACCACCUUUAUUCUCGCCCUCCUCGUCGUCUUGGCGUCCAAAUUCCCAAACUGUCUCGACCUCAGUGGUUGGCUAUCCUUGAAUGAAGUCGUGAUCUCCGUUCUCGUUAUCCACAGCUGCGGCCGCGUUGUCCGCCGCAACGAAAAGGAAGCUUUACUCCAGCAUCCAUCUUCUUGGUGGCCAGAUCACCGCAGUCCUUACGCUCGACGGGGGCCAUUUGUGACUUCCCCGUUACGCCCAGGAGUACCUGAAGACCCCUUCAGCGACGCCAGUGCAAUCAGAGAUUCAACUUCCUCGUGGAACUCGGAGUUUUCUCGUUCUCCAUCGUCGCCCACUCCAGCCAUGUCUCGUGAUCGGAGGUCGAGCCUUCCAUUGCCCUUCAAUGACUUGAUUUCGCAACGCGGGCGAUCUGAAGCAAGGAGACCGUCUGUGAAUAGCAGUCUGGAUGAAAAGCGUGUAUGA